AUCGUACCAACCAGUUAGUUCUUCAUCAUACAUAACUCUCCAUUAGAUUUACCUACCUUUUUUUUCACAUCUACAUAUUAUAACUUAUAAGUUGGCAAUUACUCCCAUUUGUACUUGCCCAGCACUUUGAACAGAGCCAUGAUUUCUAUCACACCUCUUUUAAUCCUCUACACAUCAGUUCUCGCACUUCUCAUUUAUUGCCUACUAAACCUACGCACCCUCUUUCUUAACCGUCGCUCGAGCCAUUCUCCACUUCCGCCAGGUCCCAAACCAUGGCCUAUUAUAGGAAACCUCCCGCACCUAGGCGCCAUACCGCACCACUCUCUGGCCGAGAUGGCUCAGACUUACGGUCCGCUGCUGCACCUACGGCUCGGGCUGGUUCAUGUGGUGGUGGCCUCGUCGGCUGACGUGGCUGCGCAGUUCUUGAAAACCCAUGAUGCUAAAUUCUCCAACCGACCCCCCAACUCGGGUGCUAAACACAUUGCGUAUAAUUAUCAAGAUUUGGUGUUUGCACCUUAUGGACCCAAGUGGCGCAAGUUGAGGAAAAUUUGUUCGGUGCAUCUUUUCUCCGCUAAGGCUCUCGAUGAUUUUCGCCAUGUUCGUCAGGAGGAGGUUGGAGUACUAGUCAAUGGCCUAGCCGGAGCUGGGAAAAGGGCAGUGCAUUUGGGACAGUUACUGAAUAUAUGCGCCACCAAUGCGCUAGGACGUGUGAUGCUAGGCAAGAGAGUGUUCAGCUACGGAACCUCCGCGGGGACUGGUGAUGCCAAGGCCGAUGAAUUUAAAGACAUGGUGGUUGAGCUCAUGACACUUGCUGGCGUUUUUAACAUUGGUGAUUUUAUCCCUGCCCUUGAGUUCCUUGACUUGCAGGGUGUGGCUAAGAAAAUGAAAAAACUUCAUGCUCGUUUCGAUUCCUUCUUGAAUAAAAUCUUGGAGGAGCAUAGCAGUUCCGGUAAUGCUGAUUUGUUGAGUACCUUGUUAUCGUUGAAAGAUGUUGAGGAUAGUGAAGGUGGGAGGCUUACUGAUACUGAGAUCAAGGCUUUGCUUUUGAACUUAUUUACAGCAGGAACAGAUACAUCAUCUAGCACGGUAGAAUGGGCCAUAGCCGAGGUUCUGCGUCACCCAAAAGUCUUAGCCCAGGCCCGAAAGGAACUGGACUCUGUUAUUGGGCCAGGCCGGCUUGUGACUGAGUUGGACCUUCCUCGACUACCCUACCUCGAAGCCAUCGUGAAAGAAACGUUCCGACUUCACCCCUCAACUCCGCUCUCCCUCCCAAGGAUGGCCUCCGAGAGUUGUGAAAUCAACGGCUACUCUAUACCAGAAGGCUCCACGCUUCUUGUAAAUGUGUGGGCCAUAGCCCGUGAUCCAAAAGCGUGGGCUGAUCCAUUAGAGUUCCGGCCCGAACGCUUUUUGCCGGGAGGCGAGAGGCCCAAUGCUGAUGUUCGGGGAAAUGAUUUUGAAGUUAUUCCGUUUGGGGCCGGACGAAGAAUUUGUGCGGGCUUGAGCCUGGGCCUUCGCAUGGUACAGCUGCUAACUGCGACAUUGGUUCACGCAUUUGAUUGGACCUUAGCUGAUGGACAAGAGGCAGGAAAGAUAAAUAUGGAUGAAGCUUAUGGGCUGACUUUGCAACGGGCAGUUCCGUUAAUGGUGCAUCCUAGCCCAAGGCUGUCCCCGCCAGCGUAUAAUGCUUAAA